UGUGAUGGGCAUUCGUAGAAAAGUCGGCUUUGUAUCUUAGUUGAAUACUUGUAUGGAAAUUGAAGAUUUUCUAUGGCGUAAAUCAUGUAAAUUGUCAACAAACUACAAACUUAGUGAAAUUUGAAAAUGUCUCACCAAUGAGGCGAAGACAAAUGUGUACGUACCUUAGGCUUUGCUAUUUAAUUAAACGUAUUUUUAUUUAAAGUUUUUAAACAAGUGUUUACCUUCUCUUUAUUUAUAAGGAUUUACUUGAGUAGUUGGAAAUGAUUAUUACUCGAUUGUUUACGAAUAUCAGGCGCCGCCGCUCAACUCUAUUUAAUUUGAUUUUUAUAGCAUUUAUUACACUUGGUGUUGUACUUUGGUAUAAGCACAUGUAUAAACUGAGGUCUACCCCAGGCUCGGAGUCAAAUUCAAAACAAGAUGCGAAUGCCUUCUUAACUAAGCAGGAAAUACCGUUAGAUUUUAUUACUAUUGAAAAGAAUGAGCAAAGUCAAAAAGUUGUAAGAAUAAACCCUUUUCAGCCAGAGAGUUUGCAGAAUCCACAAUCAGCUGUUAAUAUUAACGGCCUUAAUAUGCAGAUACAGGAACCUAUUCUAAAGGAGAAAAAUUAUAAUGAUUAUAGUGCUAAUCUCAAAGGAGUAUUACCUCCUCCAUUACCUGCAGAACUUAUGAGGCAGAGUGACAAAAAUGGUAAAAAGAAUGAUAUUGAAAGAAUAGAUGAAGAGAGGGUUUCUAUGAAUGUUAAGCCAAAAGUAAAAGUUGAAAAAGUGUAUGAUGAUGGAAUUAUGAAAGUGAUACCUGGACUUGGAGAACAAGGAAGACCAGUAUUUCUAAAUGAGAGUGAACAAACUUUAGCUGAUGACCUCUUUCGUUCAGCAGCUUUUAAUAUUUACUUGAGUGAUAGAAUUUCCCUUAAUCGAAGCCUACCUGAUGCUAGACAUCCAAUGUGUAAGAAUAUUCAAUAUGAUGAAGACCUUCCAACAGCAAGUGUUGUGAUUAUAUUUACUAAUGAAGCUUGGUCACCACUCCUAAGGACAAUUUAUAGUGUUUUAAACAGAAGUCCAGUACACCUUCUUCAUGAAAUAAUUUUAGUGGACGAUUUCAGUGAUCAAGAUCAUUUGAAAUGGAAGCUGGAUGACUACAUAAAAAGAAACUUUCCAGCAAAAAAGAUAAAACUGCUGCGCUUGAAUAAACGAGCUGGCUUAAUCCGAGCUCGAUUGGCUGGAGCCAAAAUUGCUACUGGUGAUGUCUUGGUAUUCUUGGAUUCACAUUGUGAAACAACUGUUAUGUGGCUUGAACCAUUGCUUCAGAGGAUAAAAGAAAACAGAAAAGUGGUACUUUGUCCCAUAAUUGAUGUGAUUGAUGACAAAACUUUAGAAUAUUCUAGCAUUAGUGGAGACUAUUUCCAGAUUGGUGGCUUCACAUGGAGUGGUCAUUUUACCUGGAUAGAAAUCCCUGAGUGGGAAAAAGAACGUAAGAAAAAUGCUGUGGCUGCUACAAGAAGUCCAACAAUGGCAGGUGGCCUCUUUGCUAUUGAACGUGACUAUUUUUGGGAAAUUGGAAGCUAUGAUGAAGAAAUGGAUAUCUGGGGUGGGGAAAAUUUAGAAAUGUCAUUCAGAGCAUGGAUGUGUGGUGGCUCUUUAGAAAUUAUUCCUUGUUCUCAUGUGGGUCAUAUUUUCCGAAGCUUUCAUCCCUACUCCUUCCCUGGGAAUAAAGACACCCAUGGAAUCAACACUGUGAGAACAGUAGAAGUGUGGAUGGAUAAAUACAAGAAAUAUUUUUACAUGUAUAGGGAAGAUCUAAAGAGCAUUAACUUUGGUGACAUAACAAAGCGACUUGAGCUACGAGACAAAUUGAAAUGCAAAGAUUUUGGGUGGUACUUGAAGAAUGUUUAUCCACAAAAAUUUAUAGUGGAUGAAAAUGUUUUUGCUUUUGGAAGAGUACGUAACCCUACCACUAAUCUCUGUUUGGAUAAAUUGAACCGAAACGAAGACAAAUCAGAAGCUUUAGGACUCUUCUACUGUAACACCCAGAUAGCAUUUGUGAUGAAUCAGCUGUUUUCACUCUCUGCGAACAAUGAACUUAGAGAUGAGAAAAACUGUGCAGAUGUGACAUCUUUUACAUCUCAAAAACAGAAAGUCAUGAUGGUGAAGUGUCAUGGUAGAGGUGAAGGUCAGGAAUGGCAUCAUACAAAAGAUGGGGCAAUUAUUCAUAAAGAAACAGGUAAGUGCUUGGAUGUUACUGGUAGUAAGGCAGAUAUGGAUGUUUACUUGACAGAAUGUAAGGAGACAGACAUGCAGAUGUGGCAGUUUCAGAACUAUGUGAAUAUGUAACAACAUGUACAGGCUAAAUGCCAGUUUUGGUGAACAUAAUUCAUGUUUCAGUGAUAAUAAAGCUUUAAUGUUUUUUUUAAAGGUAUAAGUAAAGUUUUUUUAGCAUUUUUUAUGGUGUAUAGCACAAGGUUGUGAAAUUUGCCUCCAUCCAGUACUACACUUCUUGUAUGUAAAUAAUGGUGAUUUCUAUAGUUUUGGCAUAUGUAAUGUGGGAUGACAAGUGUCUCACACCUUUCAUUCACACCACAUAAAGUGUUUUAUUUGUAGUUUUAUUAAUAGUAUUUCACUUUUUCUUUUUGUUUUGCCUAUAACAAGGGGAGCACAACAAAUGAAAUAUUCAUCUAUUUUUAUUACAUUUUGUUCACUUAUGUUUCCGUUCCUUGAACACAUAAAAAAAAGAUAAAAACCACUGAAAAAUUGGAUAUUGUUGUUACUACCUACGUCAUCUUAAACUGAUGUCAGGUUAGAAAUUUUUACUGCAAGGAACGUCCUCAAUUCUCUUGGUAUAUUACCUAUUCAAGUUUUCCUUUGAUUAUAUCAGCAACAAAUUAUUAGCACUCAUUACUCAGUAUUAAGAAGGUUCAUAUUCUUUUUCCCCAUAAUGAGAAAAAAAAACAUGUUUUUCAUAAGCAGAUUUUUAUUUAUACUUUUACCAAAAACUUCAGUUAUCACUUGGCAAAAGUCUAGUAGAUCCAAGAGUGUACUGUGCAUGUUGCUUUUCCGUAUAAAAUAUAUUUAAUUAAAGUUGCGUGGGGAACAAAUUAGUUUCCUGUAAAAAUUCCACAUUAGUUUGUUUUAAAAACUAAAAUUCCCCAUUAAAACCGUUGAAAAACUUGCACAUGACUAAGAAGUGUUAGAAUAAAGAAUACAUUAAAAUUUUACAUUCUCUAAAAUAUAUAAUCCAUUUAUAUUUAUUUAACUAUAACUUCAAGUACAAUACAGAUCCAUUUGUUUAGAUAGGUGUGAGUCAAUCCAUCAUAAGGUUAUCAACCAGGCUUUCUUCCUGCUUUGUCUUGUGAUCUCAUAGUUCACAACUCCACCAAUCAGCAACCUUUACCUGUACAUAAGUAAAGAGUAGAAUCUGUUUUAACACACUUCAUUGAUGAUCAUACUUUUAACAUUCCUAAGCUUUUGCUCUGUAUUGUAUUCUUAUAAAAUUGUUCCUGUGCACCAUUCAUAUUUAAAUGGUGUAGCUCUUCUGAGGAGUUCAUACAUCAGUCUUUGGAAUAUACCUUGACUACAACACACCGUCUUUGUGCCCAACAGGUGUGGCUGCUCAUUAGGCAUAGUAACCCCAUAUUCACCUAUAAAUGUCACCUGUUGCAUGUCAGUAGACCUCUAGAUUGAUCAUAUAAUACACGUGGUUGAUGCCCUCUGAUGGUCAGUGCUUCCUCUCCCUAAUCGAGAUGACUACUGUCUUCUCUUUUCUUCAGACUCUUCUUUCACUCAUCAGAUUGGACAUUUUAGUUGCAUGAUUUUAAAAUUUUCAGUACUGUAUUUAAAAUCUACAUUUUUAGCACUAAGAUGUAACUCAUAUUAGUACUUAACUCUACUGAUUCCCACCUUUCCUCCUGUCAUUUGGUGUGCUUAAAAAUAAUGACUUACAUAUACAGUAGCUUUUUCUCUAAUAUGUAUCAGCUGAAGAGAGUCUUUAAUAAAUUAUACAAUAUUUUAUGAAUGAGUAUCAUCACAAGAUGAUUCGAGAAGAAAGGCUAAGAAGAACUGGGUGAUUAGUUACAUUUAUAAGAGAUCCAGAUGGGCUGCUUAUUUUAGUAGUUAAGUAUCUCUUGCUUUUUGAGAUGCAUAUAAUGUUUGGUCUUUUAACUACUAAUAAGUGUUUGAAGCACUUGCUUAUUGCAAAAACUUCCAAUAUCCAUGACACUGUUAUUAUGAUGCACAGGAAUAUAUGUGUAGUUAUUCUUAGGUUCCUUAUUCCUUUUGACAUGAGAACCGUUUAAGCUGUAUGUACAUGCAAAUGAUACAAGUAGUGAAUAAAAAAAAAUAAUAAAAAUGUGUUUUAGUUAUAGCCUGUUAUUUUUCUAAUAUAAUGUUUAAUAUGGUGUGGUACAUGAUCAAUUGCACUAUUUUUUUUUAUUGAUCUGAUGAAUUUACUGAAUUCAGUGAAUAAUACAGGAUAAUGAUGAGAGGAAGAUCUUAAGUGUGAAAACUAUAUUAUGAGUCAUACCUAAAGCUGGAGUGUUGUGGAGUUUUGUAUUCCUGAUCAUCAAAAAAUUACCUUUUUGGAAAGCAAGUUGUAAAGGUUUUGCAAGUUUAUAUUUUUGUAUACCUUUUGUUUUAAUAUUUUAUUUUUUGUUAGUUUUAUACACAUAAUGUGUACAGUUUAAAUAUGCAGGCAGCUUAUGUACCUAUCAGCACAGUUAUAUAUGUAUGUUGUUCAAGGUUAAAGAACCUUAUAAAUCUUUGUAAAUUAGGAUAUAUUUAUUAUUGCAUUUUCAAAAUGAUGUAAAUUUUUCUUUCUUCUAAUCUUGGUCUGUAAAAACUUUUUCUUACUAGGCCUUAAAUGUGCCUUAAAUAAAACUACAAGUUAACCCCAUA